AUGGGGAGCCACGAGGCUGAGGGAGCUGGCCCGCGGUGGCACCCGGUGCUGCUGGCGCUGGCGGGGCCGGCGGCGGCCGGGGACCCCGCGGUGGCCCGCAAUGACCGGGCGGUGGCCGCGCUGCUCGGGCUCCUGCUGUGCCUGGCGCUGGGGCUGGCGCUGGCCUGGCACCACCUGUGCCGCCUCUCCGCCGGGCGCUACCACCCCCGGCCCUUGGGCCGCCGGGCGCUGGAGCUGCUGCGGGGACAGUGGCACCGGCUGCGCUCACCGGGGCACCCCGCCGUGAACCUCGGGGACGGCGACGGGGAGGCGGCGACCGUGCGGGACGAGCAGGAAGAGCUGAUGCCCUGGAGCCUGGAGCGGCGGCCGGAGCGGGAUGAGCAGGAGGAGGAUGAGCAGGAGGAGGAUGAGAAGGAUGAGGAUGAGGAGGAGGAGGCGGCGGCAGAGGGCCGGGAGAGGCCCCUCAGCGAGGGGGAGGUGGCGGGGGGCAGCGCCGAGGCCCUGCUCAGUGACCUGCACGCCUUCGCGGGGACGGCGGCCUGGGGGGACGCGCGGCCAAGCGUCACCGCCUUGUGACACCACCGUCCUGACGUCACCACCCUCUGAUGUCAUCGCCCUGACACGUCACCUCCCCGCAGUGACACUUCACUGUAAUGUCGCUGUCCUGUGUUGUCACCUCCCUGUGUUGUCACUGCCCAGCCACCAAGGGGACCCUUCCCUGUCCGCUGCCCACCCCCAGCUGACGCUGCUGAUUGGCUGCAGGGGCCUGAGCACCGGCCAAUAAAAGAGCAGCUAUGCCUGA